AUCCGUACAAUGUACUUGGGUAUUCAGAGUCAGCGACAGAAGGAACAUCAGCGUCGUUUUUACUGGGCUAUGCUGUACGAAUAUGCAGAUGUUAACAUGUUGCGCCUCCUGGAAACAUUCCUGGAGAGUGCCCCCCAACUGGUGCUACAACUCUGCAUAAUGAUCCAAAAGAACCGGGCAGAAACGCUGCCAUUACAAGGUGUUUCUUCUGCUGCCUCUCUGAUGUCCCUGGCGUGGGUACUUGCCUCUUAUCACAAGCUACUGCGGGACUCCAGGGAUGACAAGAAGAGUAUGAGCUACAGAGGGGCACUCAUUCACCUUUUCUGGCGCCUCUUCACCAUUUCAUCAAGGGUCAUUUCUUUUGCUCUCUUUGCUUCCAUUUUCCAGCUCUACUUUGGAAUCUUUGUGGUGGUUCACUGGUGUGCUAUGGCAUUUUGGAUCAUUCAUGGUGGAACAGAUUUCUGCAUGUCCAAAUGGGAGGAAAUUCUCUUUAAUAUGGUGGUAGGAAUAGUGUAUAUUUUCUGCUGGUUUAACGUCAAAGAAGGGAGGACCCGAUAUAGAAUGUUUAUCUAUUAUGCCCUGGUCUUGACAGAAAAUGCUACUUUGACGUUGCUUUGGUAUUUUUACAGAGAUCCUAUCACUACUGACUCUUAUGCUGUACCAGCACUGUGUAGUGUUUUUAUUAGCUUUGCUGCUGGCGUGGUAAUGAUGCUCUUGUAUUAUGGUGUGUUACAUCCCACAGGGCCAAGAGCCAAAAUAUUGGCUAGCUCUUGUUGUGCUGAGCUGCUGUGGGGUAUACCUUUGCCACCUGAAGCAGAGCCUAUGGCUCCCCAGAAAUCUGGUGCUAGGGGAUCCCAGGCUACACCAACGAGGGCAGCUACAGAACAACAGGAGGACCUUGCAGCUGACACCUGCUUGCCAGUUUUCCAGGUGAGACCAAUGGUACCAACCACUCCAUCUGGGCGCAUCUAUUCCCAUGAAGGGCCUCUCAUUAAGAUUGAUAUGCCAAGAAAGCGGUAUCCUGCUUGGGAUGCUCAUUUUGUAGACAGGAGGCUACGGAGAACCAUUAACAUUCUUCAGUAUGUCACUCCCUCAUCUGUAGGUAUUAGAUACAGAGAUGGACCACUGUUGUAUGAGUUGCUACAGUAUGAAUCUUCACUAUAAAGCUUCUCAAAGUAAAGAGAUCUUAUUUUUGUU